UUUAAUUUGACAAUUGUAUUUAACCGCGGGUGCUUACUCCUUACUCUUAUAAACAUAAACACGGUUUACAGAUGAAAUUAUGUUUGGAAAAAGUGUAUUUAGAUCUUUACAAAAGCAUGUCAACAUAUUAAGAUGUUACAAAAGCCAUCUGAGUCUUAAGAAAUUUGAGAUAUUACUCAGACGCACACAAACAAUUAGAUGUCAGCAUACAGUUAGAGAUACGACAAUUAAAACAAAUCAAAAUGAAGUUAAUGCAAGAAGUUAUAACUUAAACUCUUUUACACAAAGGACUCACACAUGUGGAGAACUAAAUCUAAGUCAUGUUGGAAACAAGGUUAUACUUUGUGGCUGGGUACAGUUUGUGCGUUUAUCCAAGUUUUUACUCAUCAGGGACUCGUACGGGCUAACCCAAUGUAUAAUCAGCGGCUCUGAUAUUGACAUGAAAGAUUUACCAUUAGAGACUAUUGUUCAGAUUGAAGGGACUGUAGUGGCACGACCGUCUACGAUGGUGAAUAAAGAAAUGAUUACUGGAAAAGUGGAAGUCGUUAUUGACAAACUGAAAGUGUUGAACGAAGUAACGAAGUUGCCUUUUAAUUUAAGGGAUUAUCAGAAACCAAAAGAACAGUUACGUCUUCAAUAUCGCUAUAUAGAUUUAAGGUUUCCUGAGAUGCAGUCAAUUUUAAGAAAGCGGUCUGCAAUGUUGCAUGCUAUGAGAAAGUUUCUCAUAGAAGAACACAAUUUUGUAGAAGUAGAAACACCAACGCUGUUCUGUCGCACACCCGGUGGAGCGAGAGAGUUUGUUGUCCCCACUCAUCAUUCCGGACUGUUCUAUUCACUGGUUCAAAGUCCUCAGCAGUUCAAACAGAUGUUGAUGGCGGGUGGGGUGGACAGGUACUUCCAAGUGGCUCGUUGUUACAGAGAUGAAACCACGCGGCCUGACAGACAGCCAGAGUUCACACAGCUCGAUUUAGAACUAUCAUUUACAAGUUUAGAGAAUGUUCUCUCUCUGAUAGAGCAAUUGUUGUAUGACACAUAUCUCAUACAUCUACCAAAACCACCAUUCAGAAGAAUUACAUACAGAGAGGCAUUAGAAAAAUAUGGAAGUGACAAACCUAACAUAACAUAUGACUUGUUAUUGAGGGAUGUUACAGAAUUAUUCCAAACAAAUACUGACUCAAACUUUGGAGCAUUUGUUCUGCCAUAUCCCAGUGAAGUUGGUAAACUUACAAGUAAACAUAAAGAAAAAAUAAAAGAGCUAAGAAAAAAAUAUAAUGUGAAGGUCGUCUUGAAUGAAAACAUAUCAAAAGAAGUAGGUAGUGAUUUAAACAGUCAAAUAACUAGUGAAGAUUGUCAUAACAUUCUGUGUCUUGGUGAUAGGGACGAUGUUUGUAUGUGUUUGGGUGAUUUAAGGGAAGAUUUGGCAACUUUGUUAAAAUCUAGAAACCUUCUAUCAGUGAAAAAGAGCUCCGAGCCACUGUGGGUGGUUGAUUUUCCCUUAUUUAAUAAAGGAGAUGAGGGUUUGCAAACUUGUCAUCAUCCGUUCACCGCCCCACAUCCUGAUGACAUACACUUACUACAUACAGAUCCACUGAAAGUGAGAUCACUUGCCUAUGAUAUAGUGUUAAAUGGCAAUGAAGUCGGCGGUGGAUCCAUAAGAAUCCAUAAUGGGGAUUUACAGGAAAGGAUCUUGGCAAUGUUGGAUAUAGAUCCGCAGCCUCUAUCACACUUUAUAAGUGCAUUAAGAAGUGGUUGUCCUCCGCACGGAGGCAUUGCUUUAGGUAUUGAUAGACUGAUGGCGAUCGCUUGUGACGCCGAAUCUAUAAGAGAGGUCAUAGCAUUCCCAAAAUCCCACUUAGGCAAAGAUCCACUCUCAGGAGCUCCCAACCUUUUAAGUGAAGACGAUAAGAAGUAUUAUCAUAUUAAGACAGAGUCAUGAAACAUGUUUAUGUAAAAAGUAUUAUUAUAGUAAUAGCACAAGUUUGUAAUAUAUAAAUAAAUUACAGGUGAAUAAAAAGUUGUUUAAUGUUUAAGUGUAUUUUUGUGUGAACAUUAUUAUGAUAUAUAAAUAAUUCCUAGGUUGGUUGUUUUAAAUAUGUCCUUUAUCCGUUCAAAGUAUAAUUUCUAAUACAUAAUAAUUAAACGACUUAUAUUUUCCCUUUAACAUGGUGCGGGAGACCAAUAUGACAUGACUAGGGAUGUAACGGUAUGCAAUUCAUCUUUAUUACUAACGAUACUUGCAGUAUAAAUCUAGUUCUCAUUAAUAUUGUUACGAAAAUUAGCGUAUGAUUUUACUGUGCAUUGUAAUUAUUAUAAAAUUUACAUAAAAUCAGGAUUAUAAUUUUUUUCAUAUUUAAUCUGUUUUAUGAGCAAAAUAAAAAAAAAUUAGUCAUAAUUGGUGUACGACGUAUUAUAAAAUAAGCAUCGACUAUAUGUCGUAGCGGUAACAUCACUAAGUUCGUCUAUGACGUUACGUUAUACGCUUAGCUUACUUUGUCUUUCCAUUAGAUUUUAUUUGAAUACUAGAAAACUGGGUAAGUUAAAUAUAAAUUAAUUAAGUGAGUAAUUUCAGAAUGAUUAUAGUCCUAGAAUGUAUUAUUCGUAACAAGUCUUCUGUUUUAUAAUAUUAUUUCAUUCAUAAAUUUAAAACUAGAUUCAUAAUAUUUUGCUUUCUUUUCUCUGCUCAUUUGUAAACAUUGAAUAAAUUUUUAUGUUUUUAAUGAGUUUGCGAAAUAAUAAUUCUAUUUAUUAUUAAACGUUAUAUUGGGACGGUGUCGUCUUUAAUUACGGAAAUAGAUGGCAGUUGUUUAAAAAAACAUUGAAAAAAAUUACACAAGGACUUCAGUAUCCAGACACUUAAUGUAAUUAACAUUUACUUUUUUUGCACGGAUGAAGGCAACAUUGAAAACAACCAGCCAACCAACAUUAAAAUUUAAUAAUUACUCAUAAUUAGGUAAAAUUCUUAAAUUGAUAUAUUUUUUAUUUUACAAUUGUAUAGGAACAGUAGUUACAGUCCGUAAUGAUCACGACAACAAUAAUAUCAUAUGUAGAUGACAUGGCCAUUGAAGGAUAGGACAUAGUGCAGUUUUUAAGAAACUUCAGACGAUCUUCCGUCCAUAAACAUGGGUGGAAGCUUUACACCAAUAGAAUUAAAGGCUUAUUAUUGUUAGGUAUUAAGAAACAUAAUAAAAUAAUUCGCAACUUUUAAAUUAUAUUGUAUGUAUUAUUAAAAGUACUAUAAAAUCUCUAAUAAACGAAUGAAUAUGUGAAACUCU